CGAGAGAAGGAAGACGAGAGAGAAGAUGCCGAAAUUUGAUCCGUGGUCCGUGUUUUUCAGGCGAGAAUGGAGCCGGAACUGGCCAUUUUUAGUCGGAUUCGCCAUCACCGGCACCGUCAUCACCAAGCUUUCUCUUGGACUCACCGAGGAGGACGCUAAGAACUCUCCUUUUGUCCAGAGGCACAAGAGGUGACCGACUGGUGUAGUUGCCAAUGGAUACUCUUCUUUCUAUGAUGGAGGGUUAGUUGCUUGGUGUUUUUUUUUUCUUGGUUAACUUUCGAGCAGAUGCUUAAAUACUUUAUUUUUAAAUCUCCGAUAGACUAUCCCUUCAUAUUUGAGUUGAAUAAGGAAUAAAACCUUGAUUGAUUGGUUGAAGUAUACUACCUCUCUGAGACCUAUAAUCCAGUUGAGAAAACAAACUCAGUUUAUUGAGCUA